UAUGAUUGGUAACAAACCCGCGGGGUCAAGUUGCGAUCGGGUCACGUCCAGGCAGCAGUCGAGUAUGAAAAGUCACGCCUUGUUCAUUCAUACUGUGAUGAUCAACAGAUAAUAAUAUUCUACAAAACAGUCAGUAGUCGUACUACAGUGUGUGACUACUGCCCUGGUCACUGAUGCAUGUUGGGAGAGGAUAAACUUUAAGCUGAAGAGAUUACAGAAUGGAGCUCUCCUCAUCUGCUGUGACAUUCCUCAUCUUGACGUCGUUUGCCUUUUGGUCGUCCCUCUAUGGUCUCUUCUGUUAUUUUAAUCCUCAUCGAUCGUAUGAAUGGAACUGUCGUUUUGUUACGUUGAUACAUGCUGUGACCAUCGUAGUGCUAUCAUAUGUGUUUGGCAUCUACUACAACCCAUGGCCGUUUACACACCCUGGUGGUAAAUCCAGUUUUCAUGAGAUCUGCACUAUGGUGGUAUGCCUCGGUUACUUCUUAUAUGACAUCUGCUGGUGCGUCUGGUUCUUUAAUGCGCAGGACUCCGAAGCUGUCAUCAUGCUUGUUCAUCACCUCAUCACCAUCAUAGGUAUCCUGGCUGCAUUAAUCUAUGGACACUCUGGCACUGAAGUAGGAGCUACCAUCUUUGGAGCAGAGUUGAGUAACCCAUUCCUACAGAUUCGCUGGUUUAUGCGUGAAUCGGGCUUGAAGGAGACUAUACCCUAUGAAAUCAAUGACUUACUAUUUGUAUUAUCUUUUACCAUAUGUCGUAUUGUCAUUGGCACAUAUUUCAUGUACUGCGAGUUGACGCAUCCUUUACCUGCGUUGUUCUUCAAGUUUGGUGCGUUGGCACUCUAUCUUGUGAGUUGGCUUUUAAUGUAUAAUAUAGCAAUUUUCGUCUAUCGUAAGUAUUUCAAAGUACUCAGUAAAUUUUGGCAGGGGACUGUGAAGUCGGACAAAGACAGUCUCGAUAUUUCUGCAAAUAGUUCUGUGCCUGUGAGUCGAAACGCUGAAGAUGUAAGACAUCGAAAUGGUCAUGCCUCUAGCAGUAGAUAAUCAAAAGUACUUUCUAUUAUUUUUUUAAACGUCUUUCUAAUUUUUUAUUUUCUUGCUAGAUUAAAGAAACAUACUGAAUGAAAUCCAUCUAUUAAUUUCUUUAUUGGGGGGGGGGGGUUGGUCUUGGAAGCGCGUUUUAAAUCCUUAGUUUUCACUAUAACUGUACCUUGGCUACUUCUUGCAAGACAUCUGCUGAUGUCUCAAUAUUUUAUGUAGAACUUUAUCUCAAAGCACUCACUGUUUGUAGAAACUGUUUUUGAAUGUAAAUGUGUACGAGAAGGUGCAGCCAUAAGCCCCUUUCACACUAGAGCCAUUAACAAGGGCCCCUUGCUAAAUUGUACCCUGUGUGAAAGGACA